AUGACGACCAUUCCUAGCCGUCUGGCCCAGACCACAUACAUCUCGAGGAGCAUCGAGGAGGCGCGCCGACGCUCCACUGCGCUCUACCGCAACUUCUACCGAUCUGCCCCCGAGAUCUGCGCGCUGUACGCGCUGGACGUGCCGCCUUCGACGCUGCGAGCCAAGUUCCGCACACAGUUUGAGAAGAACAAGGCGAUCAAGGACGUUGCGGUGCUGGACGUGAUGCUGCUCAAGGCGCAGCAGGAGUACCAGGAGACAAUGAACGGCUGGAAGCAGGUGCCUCACAUCAUGAAGUGGUUCGCCGACGAGGAGGCACCCGCACGACCCGAAGGCUUCUUGGAAAAGUUCUACGCCUCGCGAGACGAGGGUCGUGGACCUGUCGCGCUCAAGUACCGACACCAGGCGCAUCACGCAGACAUGAAGGAUCACGGGGCAAGCAUGUUGGGGCCAUGGAGAGGCGGCGCGAGGCUCGCCUCGGCAAGAUCUCGUGUGUUUGUCGAUGCGACACAGAUGGUGCUUCCCGCUGCACGUAAGCUCAGUCCGCCGCCGAACGCAAAACAGCCGCAUACAGCGCUGCGUGAAUGGAGCCCGAAUGCCAUUCGACUGCUCAGCCCCACUGCGCUUCGCAAAUUCGGCCCGAGCUUGGAUCGCGAGGCUCGGACGGAAUCCGAUGCCGGGCUCGUGUGGGAAUCGUGGCUGGUUGGGUGCGCGCUCGGAUCGGAACGCAUCGGUGCCACCGACGAAGAGGUGCGUGCUUGCACACCUGUCACACCCUCAUCACCUCUUCACAAAAUGCGGUCGCUCCUCUGCAAUGUCACCCUGCUCGGGCCAAGUGGUCCCACCGGUCGCCUCGGUGAAGCUAAGCCAAGAGCGAUGAGCCAGGCGACACAUGCGAUUCUGCUCAAACCCACCAGAAUCGCCUCGCUGCUUUCCGCCGCCCAUUUGGAUCAGCGUUGCAGCAUGCAGCCAACAGGCUUUCGCCCUCGACGGCCUCCCUUGACCCCGACACCUGUCACGCCCCUCAUCAACGACUCAGCCGCGCCCCCGCUCAAGCUCGCCCACUGGAGUCGAGCGUCGCUAUCCUCCACCAUGAUCAUGUCUCCGUCAAGCAAGCCCAACCCACUCACGACCUUUCUGUCAGAAUCGCCCGCAGGUCGUCGUUCGGCUAACGGUGCAAUUCCUAUCUGCCUUCCUUCCAAGCCUGCGCUCGUCGCUUCGGAGCGAGUCAGUAUGCUCCAGUCGCCUCCAUCCGCAGCCAAAGACGCAAUCAAGCAGCUCGGCUGUCUCGCAUCGGUAUCAUCCAACACGUUGCCAGUGCAGCGUGCGCUCCAGCCGGUGGACGUCAACCUUUCCAAAUCCUCCAGGCAUCGUGCCCUGCCCACAAAGCGCCCGUCGUCGCCGAAAAAGGUGCGUUCAACGUCGAAUGCCGGUGUCGGCGCCCGCUCCAAAUCGCCCAAGCUCGCCACCCCAACUCCGUCCUCGGCACCGCUCAUCUUCAGGGGCGACAGGAUCAGCGUCAAGAUUCCGCAGAAGCUGCCGGCUCCACGCCUGACGCCCCACUCGUCGCCGUACGAGGACCUGGUGGCGCAUCUCGCGCGCCACAACCUCUUCAUCGAAUCGCAACAGGUGGAACAGUACUCGAUUGCGCCCGACUUUCUGCUGCAGCAGUACCUCGAACUCGCGCACCUCGGCAAGUGCAGCCUCUACCACCAGACGCGCAACUUUCUCUUUGCCAACCGCGACACGAUCACCGCACACGUCGUGCCCGGCCAGACGCUGCCCUCGAGCGUGCCGCUCGAUGUGACGCCGCUGGUGACCGAGCUGCAAGUGCCGCCGACGCAUCUGCUCGCCGUGCAUUCGGACCGCGAGGCUGCCACGCUGUAUGCGGUGCACGGCGUCGUGCUGGCGCUCCAGUGCGUCUCGAUCCCCUUUCUCCCCGCCUCCAAGGACUCGCAGGACGGCGCCAGGGUGGUCAAGCACAUGCCCGUGCUCGCACUCCGGAUGCCCGCGCCACAGCACUUUGAGACGACGCUGCGCUGGCUGUACUCGCAGUCGGCCACCUCGCUGCUGCAGGAGCUGCUUCCGCUCAAGCACAUCCUCGCCGUGCUGGCCAAGCGACGUCCGUGUGGCUCUGCUGUUGAGGGCAAGGACGUCGAGGCGUCGGCGGCGGCGCUGUCGACGGCGGACCUGGUGCAGGCCAUGUCGUCGCUACCCAUGCGCACGUUUCUCGAGCACCUCCAGACCAUCCAGGCGGUGUGGAAGAACGGCGUCGCGCUCGGCAUCGUUGCGUGGAACUUUUGGGCGCAGCUCGACAAUGCCUGGAACCUGCUCGUCGUCGCCAUGGUCGCGUCCAAGCGCAAAAACGCGCGCAAGUCCUUGGCUGCCGCCUCGGAACUCACCGCCCAACUCGAAUCCACCCGUCUCGAUUAA